AUGAAGCCAAUCUCCGAUAUCAACGAAGGGUUUGAGAAGAAACUGGAGGAUUUAACUCUCAACGUGAAGGAAAUACAAGAAAACUUGUUGGAGGAGAUACUCACACUCAACUCAAAAACAGAGUACCUCCAACGUUAUCACAUCGAGAAGUUUGACAAAGAGCUCUUCAAGAAAAAUGUACCGGUUGUGACCUAUGAAGAUAUGAAGCCUUACAUCGAUCGUGUCGUUGAUGGAGAAUCAUCAGACAUCAUUUCGGCCCGACCUAUUACUGGUUUCUUGCUAAGCUCGGGAACUUCAGGUGGAGCACAAAAGAUGAUGCCAUGGAACACCAAGUACUUGGACAAUUUAACAUUCAUCUACGAUCUUCGUAUGCAUGUUAUAACCAAGUAUUUGAAAGGUAUGGAGGAAGGAAAAGGGAUGAUGUUUCUCUUCACUAAACAAGAACUCAUUACUCCUUCUGGCUUGCCUGCUCGAGUCGCAACAAGCAGCUAUUUCAAGAGCGACUACUUCAAGAACCGACCAUCAAACUGGUAUUACUCAUAUACAAGCCCUGAUGAAGUCAUGUUAUGCCCUAACAAUACAGAGAGCCUCUACUGCCACUUGCUAUGUGGCUUAGUCGAAAGAGACGAGGUUGUGAGAACCGGUUCCAUCUUCGCUUCAGUCAUGGUCCGAGCCAUCAAGUUUCUUGAAAACUCUUGGGAAGAGUUGUGUUCAAACAUCCGAUCAGGCCAUCUAAGCAACUGGGUCACAGACCUCGGUUGUCGUAGCUCGGUGUCCUUGGUCCUUGGAGGGCCACGUCCUGACUUAGCAGACACGAUCGAAACCAUAUGCAACCAGAAGUCUUGGAAAGGUAUAGUCCAAAAACUCUGGCCAAACGCUAGAUACAUCGAAACCACUAUCACUGGUUCCAUGGGACAGUAUGUUCCCAUGUUGAACUACUACUGCAACGACUUGCCUCUUGUCUCGACAACUUACGGUUCUUCGGAGACAACGUUCGGGAUCAACCUAGAUCCUCUGUGCAAACCUGAAGAUGUUUCUUACGCUUUCAUGCCAAACAUGUCUUACUUUGAGUUCAUAACAAUGGAUGGAGACAACCGCGAUGUGGUCGACCUUCAAGAUGUCAAACUUGGAUGCACUUACGAACCCGUGGUCACAAAUUUCGCCGGCUUGUAUAGAAUGAGAGUUGGAGAUAUUCUGUUGGUGACUGGUUUCUACAACAACGCGCCUGAGUUUAAGUUUGUGAGAAGAGAGAACGUAGUUUUAAGCAUAGACUCCGACAAAACCAACGAGGAAGAUCUGUUUAAGGCGGUGAGUGAAGCGAAGCUCGUUCUCGACUCAUCAGAUGUCAUUCUUGUAGACUUCAGUAGCUAUGCUGACACGUCAACGUUCCCGGGUCAUUACGUGAUUUAUUUGGAAGUGAAGGGCAAAGAGGGAGAGAAGAAGAAGAGGAACAAGAAUUACGUGGAGCUGAAUGAAGAGGCAUUCUCCAAGUGCUGUUUAGCUAUGGAGGAGUCGCUUGACAAUGUUUACAAGAGAUGUAGGUUCAAAGAUGGGUCUAUUGGGCCUCUGGAGAUAAGAGUUGUGCGUCAAGGCACGUUUGACUCUCUCAUGGACUUUUUCAUCUCACAAGUGGAUCGGAGGUAUGGAAAGGGACCGGUUCCACCGCAAACGUCGGCGGCGGAGAAUCCGUCUUGGGACGAGUCUGAUGUCACCGCCAUGAUCUCCUCUCUCAGCCGUGUCAUCGAGUAUCCAGCAGCCGACGGACAAGAAAGGGCAGACCCGCCGGUCAAACAAGAGCUUGAUCAAUCGGAUCAACUUCAACAAGACCAAGAUCAACCAAGAAGAAGACACUAUAGAGGCGUAAGACAGCGACCAUGGGGCAAAUGGGCGGCCGAGAUCCGUGACCCGAAGAAAGCAGCCCGUGUCUGGCUCGGAACCUUCGAGACAGCAGAGGAAGCCGCUUUAGCCUAUGACCGAGCCGCCCUGAAAUUCAAAGGCACCAAGGCUAAACUUAACUUUCCUGAACGCGUCCAAGGCCCUGCGACCACAAGCUAUGUCGCAUCUCAAUCCGGAAACGCUCAUGCCUCAAGAGGAGGUAGUGAAUUAAUGAACUCACCUCCUCCUCGGCUUGGUCCAUCUUCUACUACUUCUUCUUCGUUGCCAACGACUUAUAACCAGGACAUACUUCAAUACGCUCAGUUGCUAACGAGUAACAACGACGUUGAUUUAUCGUACUACACAUCGAGUCUCUUCGGCCAGCAGCAACAGCCUUUCUCAACGCCUUCUCCAUCUUCUUCUUCCUCGUUAACUUCUCAACAGACGCAGCAGCAGCAACGUGAAGAAGAGAAGAACUAUGGUUACCAUUAUUAUAACUAUCCAAGAGAAUAA